AUGAACAAUACCGAAGCUAAUAACAAUGCCCCCAACAAUGUACGUGGUCGUGGACGCGGUCGUGGAAAUGGACGUGGAGGCAGACGUGGACGUGGCAGACGCGCUGGCACUUUUGUGUUUGUUGUCGAUCCUACCGUUCAGCAAAACACCAUUCCUGUUGACAACGGCAACACCGAAGCUGACAGUAACGCCAACGUUGAUGAUGACGAUGAGCCUGAACAAUUAUCUUCACGGUCCUACAAUGUAUGGCCUGAUGUAGCUAUUUGUAUCCUCCUCGAAAUUAUGGCUGGUACCUACAGCUACUUGCUGAGAAGAAGCGAUACUGCCUUAAAGCAGCUUAUCUGGGUACAUUCGGCUGCUUUGCUGAAGGAAAAGUUAGCUGAGAAUGCUACCACUGAUGUCAUCACGGCUUUUUUGACCAACUUUAGUGAGACAAGCAUGCAAAGAAAGUGGGCAGACAUGAAGCAGCGUUUUACCAGAGUAAGAAAUGCAGCAAGAGAAACCGGAGUUGGUGGAACUGUUCCAAACAUGCCGUACUACGAGGAAAUUGCUAAGAUUACUCAGGAUGAUCCCAGCAUCCAACCUGAAGUGAUUUACGAAAGCAUCAACAUGCAAGAGAGUGGUAUUCGAUCUUACAGACGAUUUAACGACGCCAAUUUGAUGAAUGCUAUUGGAUCCGAUGGCCCUGAAACAACAUACUUGGGACCUACAGAAGUUGAUCAACUUGUCAUUCAGAAAGCAUUUGCUGAUCGAUAUCCUGCUAGAGAUUCUACCAACAACGAAGGACCUGCAGUGCCAUCAUUUUUUGAAUCAGCAUCCGCACCUCCCCCACCAACAACAGCACCAGCACCAGCACCAACACCAGCAACAGCACCAACACCAACACCCACACCAACACCAACAGCCGUACCAACCUCAACACCAACAACCGAACCACCAACACCAACAGCCGUACCAACCUCAACACCAACAACCGAACCACCAACACCAACACCAACACCUACAUCAGCAUCCGCAGCACCACCAACAUCGACAGGCGCAACACCUCCACCACCACCUUCAUCCACACCUCCACCUCCAUAUACAUCCGCACCACCUCCACCUCCACCUCCAUAUACAUCCGCACAACCUCCACCUCCACCUUCAUCUGCACCACCUCCACCUCCACCUUCAUCUGCACCACCUCCACCUCCACCUUCUUCUGCACCACCUCCACCAAGAUCUACCCGUACAUCGAGAAAUAGUCGAACUUCUGGUGAGCAGUCUUCAUCAACUAAUCCUAUUGAAGCUGCUCGUCAGUUGUCAGACGAGCAUAUGGCACGUGCCCGCCAACUUGGUGUAGAGAUGAUGGAUCGCAUGGCAGCAUCACAAAGGGAAGAUCGAGAACAAAGACUUCUCGAUGUUGAUAACAUGUUGCAACGUAUCAGUCGUAAUCGACAAAUUGCACUGGAAGAUAUGCAAGCAAGACGGCGACAAGAGACCAGAGAGAGAUACCGUAUGUUCGAAGAAGUAAGAAGUAGACGAGAGGCUGACAUGGAAGAGCAUAGACGUAGACGUAUGUCUGAUAUGGAGACUAUCCUGAAUAGAUUCGCAGCCAUUCGAAGAGGUGAUAGUGAUACCAAUCUUAAUGGUUCAUCUUCUACUGACAACAAUAAUUAA